AUGAUGACUUCGGAACACUCCCUUCCCUUGGGCUCUGUGCCACAGACGCCUACCACAGCGUCGGCCUUCAACUUCAAGGGACCCAACCCGUUCUCGUCAAAGGUCACCACCGUCCUGGCCACCUCCUACGCCGACUCCGAAUUCCGCGGUGCUCUUUCACUCAUAGACGGCCGCGGACUCACCAAUUCUGCUGCAACACGGCGCCAGGUCCGGUUGCAGCUCCAGAAGGAUGUCAUCGACAGCAAUGGUAACAUCAUUGUGGAGUUUGGGAGAGUUGCCGAUCAACUGCGCCGCAUAGGUGCGACUAUUGCCAAACUGAACAAGAGUUACGAUGACAUGAAGACGCACAUCUCCGCCGCCCAUGGCGCAACUGCUUCUGUCACACACGACGCUUCGUCUCUGAUGACCCAGCGGCGGCAGGUUGAGACCAAGCAAGAGGUCCUCGCAUCUUUCAACAAGCAUUUCUUGCUUUCAGAAGAUGAGUUGUCGGCCCUGACAUCGACUGCAGAGCCUGUCGACGACGUCUUCUUCACUGUCCUUGCCAAGGCCAAGGGAAUACGCGAGGACUGCGAAGUCCUGCUUGGCUUUGAGAACCAAGCACUCGGGCUUGAAAUCAUGGAGAACACGUCAAAGAACCUGAAUCUGGCCUUUCAAAAGCUAUACCGUUGGAUUCAACGUGAGUUCAAGACCCUAAACCUUGAAAACCCCCAGAUGGGCUCCCCGAUACGGCGUGCCUUGCGCGUGCUGGCAGAACGCCCAUCCCUUUUCCAAAAUUGCCUGGAUCUAUUUGCCGAGACCCGAGAACAGCUGCUGUCGGAUUCUUUCCACACGGCGCUCACGGGGUCCUCCGCGUCUGGUGUCGAAGACCGAUCAGUGAAGCCCAUUGAGCUGGCUGCCCAUGAUUCACUGCGUUACGUGGGAGACAUGCUCGCGUGGAUGCACUCCGCAGCCGUCAGCGAACGAGAGGCACUGGAGAUACUAUUUGUCUCCGAAGGAGAUGAGAUCGCCAAGGGAAUCCAGGCCGGCCGCGAGAACGAAGCAUGGCAUCUACUGGAGGACGGCGAAGACGGCGAGAGUGCUGUUUUCGACCCCGUGAAGGCUCUAAAUGAGCUGGUAGAUCGGGACAUGUCUGGCGCUGCCAGGAUUUUGCGGCAGCGAGUGGAGCAAGUCAUACAGACGAACGAGGACGUCAUCCUGGCAUACAAGCUGGCCAACCUACUGAAUUUCUACCGCGUCACCUUUGCCAAACUACUCAGUACCGCGUCGGUCUUGGUGGAAUGCCUUCAGGGUCUCGAGUCUGAAGCAUUGCGCCUGUUCCGGUCGCUCAUGAGAGACUACGUGGGCAACCUGCAAGGAGAAUUCCGGCAGACGCCUUCAGGCCUCGAGCCUCCCGACGUUUUCCGCGAAGCGCUCGAGCAACUUUCAGCAGUCAUGAAGACGUACGACACGUCUCUGACGGCCUCGGACAGGCGGGAAGCAGAUUUCCAACCAAUCCUAGCCGAAGCUCUGGACCCUUUCGUUUCCGGUUGUGAAGGCAUGGCCCAAAGACUUGAAGAUCCCUCACAAUCCAUAUUCUCCAUCAACUGCGCACAGGCCGCCAUUGAGACGCUUUCGAGAUUCGACUUUGCUGAAGGGCGCGUGGAGAGUUUGCACAAGGAAGUCGACCAACGUUCUCAGACGCUGGUCGAUAGCCAAUACCUAUUCUUCAGGAGAGAGUCAGGCCUGGAUGUAAUACUGACUGCUGUCGAGUCUAUGGACGAAAGCCCGGAGGACAUCGAACGCCUGCGGGCACUCGAGCCUUUCCAACCGGCCUCACUGGAGCUUACGGGCAGAACACUUGACAACUUCCUCGCGUCAGCUCUCAUGGACGCCAUGGAGGGCAUCCAGAAGCUGCAGGACUCCCGCCUUGCCAGGGAGAUCACCGAAGAGGCCGCAGAGAGGUUCCUUGCGGACUUUGGGCGCCUGGAGAACAUGCUCAUGUCUGCAGACGAAGCUGCCGAGCGGCAAGGUAGCCCAAGCGGCGCGGAUCAGGACAUGGAGAGCCUCCGCAUAGCCUUCCCCAGGACGGCUGACGAGAUCCGCAUGCUGCUUUCAUGA